CUGUGUUCUGUCACUUCACUUGUUCCGAAUUUGUAUGAACUUAACUUCAACUGACCAUUAUGACACAACGACGACGGUCUACCUUUUGACGUGUGUUUUUUUUUAUUUUUUGUUGCUCCUCUCAAAUGUUUAUGAAAUUUCCAUUAAAUUAAGUUAAAACUCAUUAAAAUCAAAUGUGCAAUCGAAGAAGAAGAAAAACAUUAUCAUAACUAAUUAAGCAAUUCCUUUUUUUACCUCGCUCGUUUUCGUAUAUUAUUUUCUCGUGUUUUUGUGUGAUCUCUCCCAAAUGACUGUGCAAAGUACCCUUGUUCUGCUGCUCACUGUUUUGGCAUCGAUUAGCAUUGUUGCAAUUAUUAUUCUUUUAGGUUGGUUUCUUAUUUGGAAAGCAUUUCUAUCAAAAUUCCGGCUUGUUCGUGAGCUGUUAGGCCAAGCGAACGAAGAUAAAGCCCACGCACAAAGCAAUCAUCCAGAAAAGUCUGCGAAAUCCCGAAAGAUUAGAAAAGAUUAAAGACUUUAUUUAUUAAAAAAAAAAAAAAAAAAGAAUAA